AAGUGAAAGCGACAAUUGACUCCUAUACAGCGCACCCAAGAUGCAGGAUAACUUCGAUGAUAUUGCUCUAUUGAAUUACAUGGGCAUCUCGCAAAACUCUACACCUCUACCAAGUUCAGACCCUAUCAGCUUCUUGAAAGAGCACAUUCAUCAACUUCCUCCUAAUUUGGCUGUUCUCUUCUCACUCAAAACGACACCACAGCAACGUACCGUUAUUCCAGCGAUACGCAAUCGGAGACUGAAGUUUACUACAUUAAACCCAAGAGAACUGAGUUUCGUGGCCGCAAAAAGCACAUGGCCAUUGCUGUGGCAGGGAAGAGAGCGGCGAGGACAGGAGGAAGCUAAAGCAGAGAGGGAGUGGGCACAGAAAGAUUUCCUAAAGGGUUCAAAGCAGCAUGUGGGUAAAUUGGGCACGUUGUUAGGCGACUAUGAAGAGGAGCGGGAGGCUGAGAGAGUGAGAGUAUUAAGAAGAGAGAAUAUCAAUAAUGCUGGUGACGACUUUGUGCCGGAAGAGGACGAGAGCGAAAGCGACGAAGAGGAUAACAGCGCGACGACUGGUCAAGAAGAAGAAUCAGCAGAAGAGGCCAAGGCGUCGUUUGAACGACUAAUAAGAGAAAGAUUCAUAUAUGGUCUUUUGGAAGGCAUCGACUACGACAGCGUGGACUGGAAUGAACAGUACGACGAAGAGGAUGAAAGAGAUAUAGAGGACCGGUGGUUUAACGAGGAUUCGGAUUAGAAACGGGGCAGUAUCUAUAAAAGGCAGCUCUCCGGCAAAGGUGGUGAAUAUAUGCUCCAUGUCCGGCCGAUGUCCGGCGCUGAAAGUUCUGUCCUUCUUGAGCUUGCCC